ACAAGAAAGAAGAUAAAGAUUUUGCUGCCUUCCAGAGGGCACUGUUCCUGAAGCGAACUGUAAGUUGAUUGCUCCAGACGAGUGAAUAAUGCUGGACAGAGCUGUUCUCCUCCUCUUCCUCCAUUUUGUCAUGGGUUCCCUCUCCUCUCCUCUCUAUCCAACUCUCAGGUAUGGCCCACUACCUAUUUCUGGCAAGGCAGUGAGCUUUCAGCUACAAGAAAGUGGCCCAGUGCAGAGCCACAACCUCUCUGUAGAAGAGCAAGAGGAGAACCUUCUCCCUGGCCCUGCUGAGAAAAGAAUUCAGCGUCAUGCAGAUGCCAUAUUCACUGAUAGCUACCGGAAAGUUCGGGGCAAGAUGUCAGCCCAGAAGUUAUUACAGGGCAUUGUUGGGAAAAGACUUGGAACUUUCUUAACAGGAUCUCCCCACAUUUAUCUUCAAAAGCUUUGGAUUUAUUUCUUGACCAGGCGUCAGUCUGACAGCAUCCUUAUGGACAGCCGCUACCACCAGCAGAUGGUACUGAGAAAUGUCUUGGGAGCCAUGUUGCAGAAUCAAAGGCCGCAAGAUAUCAGCACAAACCAUUUGGAAGAUUUUGUCAGUGUCCUGGCCAAGCUCAUGGAGCUGUAA